AUGGCGCUGUGGCGAGGUCGACAACCACGGCUGCGAGAAGCCUCGCACCAUCAGAUGACCUACGCCACCGUGCUUCAAGCCGAGCAGUCGGCCAUGCAAGCUCGGAGCGGCAUGCAGGAUGUGACCGCCUCGGGAAACAAGAAAGAUCGCCGCAAAGCCAAAAUCUCCGUCCAGCACGGCAUUGCGUAUUCGUACCAGAGGCGCUUUGCUUUUGCGCUUCGUUUGCAGCCCGGCCGUGCUCGCGGCUCUCCUUUUGCUAAUGAUGCACGAUUUCUUUCCCCUCCACCCCAAUCUGUUUUGGGUGAUAUGCAGGCCAAUGGCAUAUACGUCAGCCAAAUAGAGAUGGGCUCGCCUGCCGAAAACGUCGGCUUGCAAAUUGGCGAUGAGAUCCUUGCCAUUAAUGAUGUCGCUACCGCCGAUCGCAGUCUUGAUGAGCUCUACACCAUCAUGACCGUUGUACGCUACAUCGUGCUGGAAGUCAAGAAGAUGCGCGGCUCUGGUGCAGAGGCAGUCCCUUCCGUGGCCGAAGCCCUUCAAUAUCAAAACCCAAACCAGCUUUCACAUAAAGACGAGCCAUCAGAAUUCGACGUCGAUGGCAUCGUUUCAUCCUCCUCUGGAAUUAACGCGAACCAGCUCGUGCGCAAUUUGCUUACCAGCAAGCCAGAUGUGGGACUCACGGUCCCCCUGGACAAUAACAACAACCCCGCCGCCAUCAUUUCCCCCAGUUCUCUGCUUCCACCCAAGCAAGCACCGCGCUCCAAACCGCUACCAGCCACCCCCACGACCGCAGCCUCCAAAGCCCUGCCCGCGGCACCAGCGUCCCAUCCCGGGAGCCAAACGGCAACGGCAACGGCCCGGCCCGGGCCUGGGUCAGAGCCUGCGCCUCGCUCCUUCGAUCCACCCUCCGGGCAAUCAUCAGCUUCCCGUCAGCUCUGGGGGUCUCAGGCGCAGCCUUUUGUUGGUGACACCAGUGCUGACUCGGAGAGUGACAUGGAAACAGCUGAUCCCACGACCGUGGCCAACACCAUUGUGAACGGCAUCAGUCCGCUACGUUCUGCUCUGCGCCGCCCAUUGCGGCGCGCCAUCUCUGCUCAUGGUGCCCUCGUUACUACCAACCCUUCACGACUGCCUGUACAAUUGUAUCAGGGUGGUGCUAGCAGUGCCCUGGGUCGCGGCCAGUACUCACAGACCGCGUUGCCCCAUCGCGGCUACUUUGAGGCGCCCGGGCGCCUGCAAUCCAGGCAUCAAGAGUCACGUCAGCCCUCGGUCCAGCCAUCCAGUGCAGCAAGUGCCCGAGAUCAGGCUUCCACGGUGUCCAGCCGACAGCAGCGGCUCCAAGACUUGGAAGCGCAGGCCAACAAGCUGUCUUCGCGCCUUUCUGGGUUGCUGGCCAACACGCGCCGGGAGGGUGCUCCUGAACCGAAUGGCAGCCAGCUUGUGAACCACCAUCGACCCUCUGCCCCCGCCUCGAGAACUGAUGGCCAAAGUGCCUCUUCUGAACGCCCACUUGGUCCAUCCAGCCUCCAGGCAGCCCAGCAGCGUCCGCAAGACCGUUCGCGUCCCUUGUCUUUUGAGGAUGCCAUCUACGCUCAGCGUGAUAAUGGUGAACCUCCCACGUUCGGACCGUUGUUUGAGAUUGAUCUCGAGCCCCAGCAGACGAGUUUGGGGAUGCGUGUGGCAGGAGGCUCAGCAACCCGGUUGAGUGCGCUGUUUGUAGCACACCUGGAGCCUGGCGGUGCCGCCGAUCGCACCGGCGAGGUGCAAGUGGGCGACCGGAUUCUGCGAAUUGGUCAGCACGACGUAGCAGGUUUGACACAAGAGCAAUUUAGCCGACUGGUGACAUUGCAGUUGUCACGCACGCCAUAUGGCCAAGUACCCAGGAUUCACUUGACGCUAAUGCGCAUCGGCCGUACUCAGUGGGAGCAGCUGCAGCGUGACGCUGGCAUCGCGCGCUUCAACUUGACUCACAAAGAUCCACGCCAAGGGGAUUCAAUCUCGGGAUCGGGGAAUAUGGCCGAUCCACCCGCUCGAGGAGCUUCUGCAGAUCAGUCUGAAGGAAAAGGCACAACGGCAUCACGGGUUGGCACAGCCGCAAAAGGCCAAGGCCAACGCGAGGUACCUGCGGCCUCAACAUGGACCACCGAGGCCGCACAAAUUGCUGAGCGUGCUUUGGUUCUGGCACAGCGUGUGGAACAGCGCGCAGAGGCACGUGUCUCGGCGUCUUCUCGCACGGGCAGCUCGUCGCCUCGGCCAGACCGUGACGUGCGGUCAACUCGCCGCGCCCACACUUCUGAGAAUCUUACCAUGGACGUUGGUAAUCAAUCCUUGGCCAAAUCUGCCGCCUCCCAUCGCCAUUCGGCACCCUCACUUGCCUCAAUGAUGGCUUCAAGCGUUUACGCAUACGCGAGCACGGAGAGUCUGACUGCAGCCAGUCCCUCGACGUCACGGACUGGCAGUCCCCUGUCAAUUCGCCGCACCAAUUCUCAGCCCAGUCAACUGCCACGCCAGCCCAAUGUUCGAGGGCAUACACAAACUCAGGACCAUCUUCCAGAGCGGGCGAAUGAGCAGGACGGGCCUCAGCACGAGGCUCAGAAGGACGCUCAGGGUGAGGCUCAGCACCAAGAGCCAGUUCACAAAUCGGCUCAGCCUCAGCCCCAAGAAUCAGUUCACAAAUCGGCUCAGCCUCAGCCCCAAGAUCACGGUCAAUCUCAGGAUCAGGGUCACGAUCAGUUUCAGGAUCGAGAGCUCUCAGGCGCUUCAACAUUGUCCCAGCACGAUCACGAUGCGGCCAACGCACAUCUUGCAGGCAUUGAAAAUCCGCAUGUUGGGCCAGCGCACACUGGACCAGUUCUGCAAAGCGAAGCACCGCAAAUGCCCAGUAUGGCUGCGCCCCAGCUCCCCCGUGACACACGGGAUGCAAAGGAGGAUGCACCAUCAACAUCAGACCGGUCUGAUUCCUUUGCUGCCCUCCCAGAAUCUCAAGUGCGCCCCACCCGCACUGCGUCGCAUGAGCACGUUGUUCCACAAGAACCUACGCCGAGUACGCAGCGUCGCGAAAGUAUGCAGAUCAUGCUUGAGCAGGAGCGACGAGAGCUCGCUACCCAGCAAGCGCGCCAGCGUUCAUAUAGCAUGGCGCUUGAGCAGAAGCGUCUUGAAGAAGUGCAGCGGCAGCACAUGGAGCAAGAGCGACUCCAAGAAGCUGAGCGGCGCAAGCGUGCAGUGCAGCAUGCUCAGCGCCGUGCCGAACUUGAGGCCGAGGAGCAAGCCGUCGAAGCUGAAAUCAGCGCAGCCUUGCAGCGACGCACGAGUGUCUCGCAAAGCGAUCCAUCCCGCCGAGAGCGCCGUGCCUCCAUAUCACAGCGGACUCUUGAGAUGCGGCAGCAGUUUUUGAAAAACAAAAAUGGGGGUCGGAAUUCGCCGGCCCGUCGCCUGCCCCCGCGCCCAGAUCAGGCACUUUAGAUGAUAGAAGCUAUUGAACUUUAGAUGAUAGAAGCUAUUGAAGACUCGGUCAAGUCUUCGUUAUUUAUACUUACUCUUUCUUUGGUUUUGCUUGCUCUCCUUCUCGUGUUCCUCCGUCUCUUCUUUUUUCUUUUACUUUCUUUUUUUUUUUUUUUUUUCUAUUGGCACCGUGCUUCUGGUGCGUCCACUGUCAUUGCCCUGUUUGCCUCGUGUACCAUAAGGUGCUGUUUUACAAUGUCAGCAAGCCGCAGAGCGGACCGCCAAGUGGGCCAAACCCUGAUGAUGAUUCAACUCGUCGAAUAUUUGCUGUUUUGAUUGACUCUUUGCACCUUGAUUGUUCUCCUCCUGAUUUUCUGAAACGCUUUUUUUUUUUGAUUUUAAUCCCCGUUGUUGUCUUUUUGAUUUUGAUUUUUGUUGUUGUCUAGGUGACCACGAAUUUAGGUGAUUUCGAUUUGAUAUAUCCCGAGUUUUGGGUCCCACAAAUUGAGACCAACUUGUGU